AUCCACAUCAUCAGAUGAGAUUUCUCGAGAGUGAAAAUAUUAUGCCUCCACUUUCACAGAGGAAACAUGUCAGCACCACAGCCUAUUGUUCUCCGCGGUAUAGUAAAACAGAUCCAGUCUGGGGAUGCUGUUGUUGUGCGCGGACAACCUAAAGGAGGCCCACCCCUAGAGAAAACCAUAUGCCUCUCAAAUGUAACUGCCCCCAGAUUGGCACGUCGAGCCAACCCCAAUCUCAAGGAAUCUGUUGAAACUAAGGAUGAGCCAUGGGCCUGGGAAGCCAGAGAGUUUAUGCGCAAGAAGUUGAUCGGAAAAGAAGUUUCAUUCACUAUAGAGUACAGCCCACCAGGCACAUCCAGCCGUGAGUUUGGUACAGCCAGCCGCGAGUAUGGUUGCAUAUAUGCAGGCAAAGACACCACAUGUGAAAAUAUGACAGAGUCUAUGGUAGCAGAGGGGCUAGUGGAGGUACGCCGCGGUGGCCUCAAACUUAAUGAUGAAAAUCAACAAAGAUUAUGCGAACUGGAGGAUGCUGCAAAGGCUGCUGGGAAAGGACGAUGGGGUCCUGACCCACAGGCUCAUGUACGUGAUGUCAUUUGGAAUUUGGAGAAUCCACGUCACUUUGUUGACUCCCAUCAUCAGAAACCAGUGGAUGCUAUAAUAGAGCAUGUGAGAGAUGGGUGCACAGUGAGGGCAUUCCUUCUACCUACAAACCACCAUGUGACAAUUAUGAUGUCUGGUAUUAAAUGUCCCAUGUUCAAACUUGAAGACACUAAGCAGGUUCCAGAGCCUUUUGCAGUGGAGUGCAAAUACUUCACAGAAUCACGUCUGCUCCACAGAGAGGUCAAGGUCAUCCUAGAGGGUGUGUCCAAUCAGAACAUCUUGGGAACAAUUAUUCAUCCCAAAGGAAACAUUGCAGAGUUGCUCUUGAGGGAAGGGUUUGCAAAGUGUGUAGACUGGAGUAUGGGGGUUGUCACCCAGGGGGCAGACAAGCUAAGAGCCGCAGAGAAGGCAGCUAAAGAUGAGAAGAAACGACUCUGGAUCGAUUAUAAACCAUCAACCACCGCCACUAUGGAUAUUAAAGACAAGAAUUUCACCGGAAAGGUUGUAGAAGUAGUGAAUGGAGAUUCCCUUGUUGUGAAGCAAGGAGACAAGUACAGAAAGAUCUUCUUAGCCAGUCUUAGACCACCAAGACCAGUACAACAAGAGGAAACAGAAGAGAAGAAACCAGUAUCAAAGGCACGCACACGCCCUCUAUAUGACAUACCAUACAUGUUGGAGGCCAGAGAAUUUCUGAGGAAGAAACUCAUCAACAAGAAGGUAAACAUCCAGAUAGACUACAUCCAGCCCCCUGCCCAGGGAUACCCAGAGAAGACAUGCUGCACAGUCACCAUUAAUGACAUCAAUGUAGCCGAGGCACUCAUCUCUAAAGGUCUAGCAACUGUAAUCAGGUAUCGCCAGGAUGAUGACCAGAGAUCUGCCCACUAUGAUGAGCUUCUGGCUGCUGAAGAGCGUGCCAAGAAGAAGGCUGUUGGUCUACACAGCAAGAAGGAGCCACCAAUUCACAGAGUCGCAGAUGUCUCUGGGGAUGCCACUAAAGCCAAACAGUUCCUGCCAUUCCUUCAGAGAGCAGGGAGAUCAGAAGCUAUUGUAGAGUUUGUUGCAAGCGGGUCCAGAGUACGAGUCUUCAUUCCAAGAGACACAUGUCUCAUCACAAUCCUUCUAUCAGGUAUCGAAUGUCCUCGUGGUCCCCGUCCUGUGCCUGGGGGUCAGGGAGGUAUCAUCCCAGGAGAUGCCUAUGGGGAGGAGGCCCUCCAGCUGACCAAGGAGAUGUGUCUUCAAAGAGAAGUAGAAGUUGAGGUGGAGGCCACUGAUAAAGGAGGCAACUUCAUUGGAUGGCUCUAUGUUGAUGGCGUCAACAUGUCUGUUGCUUUGGUAGAGGCUGGACUGUCAAAGAUGCACUUCACUGCAGAGAGAACCAACUACUACAGGGCACUCCAAGUGGCAGAGGAACAAGCCAAGACUAAGAAGAAAAAUAUCUGGAAGGAUUUCAAGGAGAGUGUAGAGGUUGAGGUGAAGGAAGAACCCACAGAGAGAAAGGUCAACUACCAGAAUGUUGUUGUCACUGAAGUCACUGAAGAUUUGCAUUUCUUCGCACAGAGCGUAGACAAUGGCCCACAAGUAGAGAAGAUGAUGGAGCAGCUCCGUCAAGAGCUAUCUGACAAUCCACCACUCCCUGGCUCUUACAUCCCAAAGAAGGGAGACCUCUGUGCCGCCAAGUUCACUGAUGGUGAAUGGUACAGAGCUAAGGUUACAAAAGUUGAGGGCCAAAAUAAAGUUCACGUCUUGUACAUUGACUUUGGUAAUAGGGAGAUUACUGGAUCUGCUAGUUUGGCUGUUCUGCCCCCUACCUUCCACAGCCUCCCUGCUCAAGCACAAGAAUAUUCCUUGGCUUGUGUCUCUGUUCCUGAAGAUGGUGAGGCUAAGAAUGAUGCCAUAGAUGCUCUCUAUAAUGACAUCCUGAACAAGACCCUCCAGCUGAACAUAGAGUACAGAGGCACCCCUGAUGCUGUCAGUCUGCAGUAUGCAGACUCCCAGGAAGAUGUCGCAAAGAGCCUCAUAGCAGAAGGUCUCCUGAUCCUCGAAGCACGUAGAGAGAAGAGAUUUGCCAAGAUGGUCUCUGAUUACAGGAAGGCACAAGAUAAAGCCAAGGCAGAAAGGCUCAACUUGUGGCGCUAUGGUGACUUCCGUGAAGAUGAGGCUGCAGAGUUUGGCUACAAGAAGACAACAUAAGAUGCUGCCAUGACAACCAUGAUGAGACAACACAAGUUAUAUCUAGAAUUCAAACUUUAUUGGAAACAAAACCUUAAAACUGUGUACAGGAAUAUCUGAACAUUAAAAUCCUGUGAAAAACUGGAAACAAUAAUUUGGAAUGAAUCCACACUAAUAAAGCAUGUAAUGCUGUAAAUGAUAACAAAAGUAUGGCAUAGGUUUAUAACAAAUUACUAGUGUCGACUGUGGGUAACAGAAUGAUCCUCAGAUGUGGUUACAGGUUCUCUCAGAUACUAUGAUCUCACAGUCAUUCUGGUGGCCACAGUUGAACUAUAUAUGAAAACAUGAGUAUGGAAAAACAGACAACACGAGUAUGGUAAUAAUUUAUAUCAAUUAAAAUAAAACAACAACACAAGUAUGGUUAAAUAAUUUUUUAUCGCUAUGACAACACAAGUAUGGAAACAAAAACAACACAAGUAUGGCAAAAGCUUUGGAACUGUAGCAAGUCCCUAAUUCGACACUUAAAGAAUACCUGAUAAUCUUUACUGAUUUAAGUCUUCCAUUAACAUAUUUAAAGGGUAAAAUUGAUUGUUUCAAUUGAAAUUGACUGUUUCAAUUGAAAUUAUUUAAAAAUGUGGUCAUUUGAUUCAUGAACUGAACAAAACUGAACUUUGAAUUUAUACAUACAUUUUGUUUUUGAUACAACAGAGCAAAUGAAUAUAUUCAUUUCUGGAGUAUGUAUGAAUUCUUGGUUGUUUCUAGCUAAGUGUCGAGUGAGAUUUGUCACAGUUUCUUGUAAACGCUUUGACAACACAAGUUUGAAAUAGGCUAAACCAAAUAUUUUCAAAUUUUACAAUGUAUAGUUUUUUAACCAUUUAUCAAGUUAUUUAAAACCAUUGUCAGUCAAAACUCAGCUUUUUUAUUUUUUAUUUAUGUUCUUUAUUUUAUAUGUAGAAUGUAAUGUUAUGUAAUUGUUAUCAUAUUAUCGUCAUACUGAAUGAAUCAAACUAAACAACUUCCUGUUAAUAAGAAUAUUACAUUACCAAAAUGUUCAUGUACCAAAAUGUACAUCUCAUAGCGAAUAACAUUGUUUCAUUGUGGAGUGUGGCAGUCUGAUUGGUUGCAGCUGCAGGACCAGAGAACCAUGGGCCAAUGUUUGUUUUGCAUUAAGAAAAUGCAAAUAUUCUUUUUAGUUUUAUUUUGGUUUUAAGAUACCAGUGGAAAACAUUAAUUAUUUUCACAUGCUUACGGGAGAUUGCUUUUAAGCUGUUCCACCAACCUCCCCCUGAAAGAGCAUUGGAAUGUCUCAAAUAGUUUGUUCCAAGAAUAAUUGGAAAUAAUUACUGUUUCUCUAUUGAUAUCAAUAUUUUGGUGAUGGUUUGAAAUAUAAUUCAAGAUGUUCAACAUCCUUUAUGGUACGUUAUGUAUUUUUCUCAAAUGCCACAGGAGGGCUUAUAACCCAAGCACCUUUAGUUCCUCUAUGAAGUGUACUGGGAAGAGUCUUGGUCUCUUGACAUUAUUGUGACAGGUAGUGAUAGGUACAGUAAUGUUUAGAAGUAGUGGCAGUUGAUAACACUUAUGUUUGGUAAAUAUGCACAAAAUACAGUGUUUCGGUUAAGUGCUAAAUUGAGCUUUUGACUGGCACAAUAUACACGAGUCCAACCAUUCAGGGUCUAUGCAUACAGUAGACAUCAAGUUCAGGUUGCAAUUAUAGUAGAAGAGUGUGGUGGUUUCCAUGGAGGUCUUAAAAUAUUUUAUAAUCUCCAUGGAAAUCAAAGCUAUCAGUCUGUUUUCUAUGAUCUAAACUAAAUGUUAGUUGAUGGUGAAAGUUCUGAUUAACCGAUAUGUGCAAUACUGUGAAAGGAAUAUGUCUCAUAAUUGUAAAUGAACUAAUGCAAAUGUACUAUUGAAGCUUUGUUGUAUGCAAUACCUUGCAAGUUGUAUAGAUAAAUACAUGAUUAUUAAAAUA